AGCCAGUCUUGCGCGCUACUCAGCGUCUCCACGCAUGGCUCUUACUGACCUUGCCAUUUGCAUCAUCUUAAAAGCUGUAUCUAUUGCACGCGCAUCACCGAAACCACGAUCGCCGGACCAUCCAACCGAAUUUUUACUGCUGAUACGCGCCAUAAUUCGCAGUUGAAAUUCUUGAUCUUCCAAAGGCGCUCCUUAGCACAGCUGUAAAGGCAGUGUCUUUGUAGCCUCAACUAAACGAUCAGGCAUCGUUGAGCUACAGUGAUGGAUCGCAACAACCAAUCCCAUGGGCUCGGCCCUCGCCACGAUGCCUCAUCGCGAGUGCAAAAGAUCGAGUCUGCUGCGGACAGGAUGGCUGCACUCAAGGCUCGAGUCGCCGCAGCAAUCGGAACCAGCAAGGCAAAGGGGGGCCUAAACGUUGGACUUCAUCCUGCCUUGGAGGAUCUAGGAUCAUAUAAGCCCGCAAGUAAAUCAAAGGAAUCGACGCCAAUGCCAUCAAGUGGGCGAACAGACAAGGUCCGAUCGCAAGACGCCACGAGGUCGGGCUUGAUCAAUGAGCAGAAUGGAGAGAACCCCUACUACGAUCCUAGUCUUUCAACACAACCUGGUGGAGGGAAGGGACGACAGUCAAGAUCACUUGUAUUCAACCAGAAGGGCAAAUAUAUCGCCCAAGCCAAUGCUCUUCGUCGACAAGCCGCCUUGGAGGCGAUGAAAAAACGAAUUGCAGAGCAAACUCGAAAAGCUGGUAUCGACGACGAUCUAGAUGUUGAAAGGAACUAUGUCGUGGAUGCACCGCCAGAGAUUGAGUGGUGGGAUGAAGGACUUGUUGACGGAGGAAGCUAUGACAUGCUGGAUGACCCUUCGAAACUCAAACUUACAACGGCCGACAGCAUCAUCACUGAAUACAUUCAGCAUCCGGUUGCACUCGAGCCACCUCAAGAUCGACACGUUCCGGCAGCGAAGCCUAUGUUCCUGACUUCGAGAGAACAAGCGAAGUUGAGGCGACAACGACGAAUGGCUGAGCUAAAAGAAAUGCAAGCUAAAAUUCGCUUGGGAUUGGUACCAGCUCCGCCUCCCAAGGUCAAGAAGGGCAACCUGAUGCGAGUUCUUGGUGACGUUGCUGUCAAGGAUCCAACUGCUGUCGAAGCGCGCGUCAAUCGAGAGAUUGCGGAACGCCACCAGAAACACGUCGAAACAAACGAAGAAAGGAAACUCACCAAGGAUCAGAAACACGACAAACUCGCGACAAAUCAACAAAAAGACGCCGAGAAGGGAAUUCACAUGCUGGUUUUCAAGAUUGGAAGCCUAGCGAAUGGACAACACCGUUACAAGAUUGGCAUGAACGCUGAGCAACUGGCACUUACAGGCAUAUGUGUCAUGCACCCCAAAUUCAAUUUGGUGAUUGUAGAAGGAGGCGAAUGGAGUAUCAAGAAGUACAAGAAGCUCAUGCUUAGCCGAAUCGACUGGACCGAGAAUUCGCCGUCAAGAGACCGAGACGGAAAACAAGGCGCCACACGCGACUGGCUUCUCGCCGAAAAGGAUAAUGGCGAGCUUAAGGAUAUGUCGAUGAACGAAUGCAAGCUUGUCUUUGAGGGCGAAGAGAAGGCGCGAGCAUUCAGAAAAUGGGGAAGUAAAGUGUGUGAGACAGACUCGGAAGCGAGAGAUGCUCUGGCCCGCACUAAGAUGGACAACUUCUGGCAACUCGCCAAAGGCUUUGCCUAAACAGACAGAUACGUAUGGAUGUUCGCUGAGGUGCGACAAGAACAAGAACUCAGAACUCCUCAAUAGAUGUGGUUCAAAUAUUAAUAAACUUGCCUAAUAAAUGGUUGUAAACUUGCGAAAGGUUCCAUAUUCUGGACUAUCAUGACUUGGACAUAUUGCAC